UCUCUCCACUACCAUCUACACAUGCCCCAAUAUGUCAAGUCAACUGCCACCGACGAUCUACGCGGUCACUGACGAUCUGCAAGAGAGGCAAGAUUUUGAACUCGCCCUGGCGACGACCAAUGCACAGUAUGAUGUUGCCCAAUUCAUCGAGGAUGAUGCCACUGCCGAUGCCAUUCACACAGAAAGCAAGAAAAAUGAGCGACUAGAAAAAGAGCUUGCCGAGAAGAAACGUGCAGAGCUUAUCCACCAACGUCAUAUCGCAGACUACUUGGAGGGAGCCGAAACCAUGCUCGAAAUGGCCACGAAGCAUAAGGCCGAGGUCGACAAAUUGCAGAAACAAAUAGCCGAACUGCAUAAGACCAUUCACGGCAACGAUGCGCAACCCGAUCUCGCACGAGUCAAGGCUCUCGCAGGGGACGAAGGGCUAAUGCAACGUCUGGAGCUGCAAUCCAAAGACCUGGAAGACAGCCAAGCAUUGCUCGCGUCUAAGAAUUCCGAGGUUGAUGCCCUGAAGCGGGAACUUGCUAGAAAGGACGACCAGCUUGAAGCCAAAGCUGCAGAGUGUGCUACUCUGGAGCGUAAACUCGACGGAAGAGCUGCAGAGUGUGCUACUCUGGAGCGUGAACUUGAUGGAAAAGCUCAGGCGUACGAUGCCUUGAAGGAUGAAGUGGAGAAACCCAAUGGGCUUAGGGCAAAGGCCAGGGAUUACAACAGUCUGAGGCGUGAGGUGUACGAAGAGGAUGGGCUCAGGGAAAAGGCGGAGGCUUAUCUCGACCUGGAGGUCGAGGUAGAAAAGGAGGAUGGACUGCGCGCGAAGGCUUUGGCUUAUGAGAGGCUGAGUGAUGAGGUGGACGGGGAAGACGGGCUUAGGGGAAAGGCGGAGGCUUAUCUCGACCUGGAGGUCGAGGUAGAACAGCCGGACGGGCUCCGUGAGAAGGCUGCGGGAUACGACAACCUCUGCCGCGAGGUAACGACCCUGAGAACACACGCUACAGCGGCGAAACAUGAAGCGGAUACAUUUGUCGCGAGUUUCGAACCAUUCGGCGGAGUCGAGUUUGUCAAGUCGGUCGUGUCGAAGGUGAUCGAACGAGGAGGUCUAGAUGCCAUGGACACAGCCACGGAGAAGUUUAACCAUGCCAAAGACAUGAAUGCGCGAUAUGCCAAACAUUUGUCGGUUAUCGCCAAUGCCCUGGCAGCCUAUCUUGUCAAGAGGAAACAGCUGGCGAAAGGCAACAAAGAUGGCAUAUACGCCUCGAUAAAGGCCGAUCUCGAGAAGUCCAUCGAUGCCCUGCCCCCGCUCGUUUGUGCCAUCUUCGACAAGGAGGUUCGUAUGCGCAACAUGGUCAAAGAAUACGAAGAGAUGUCAGAGGCAAACUUGGAUGCGAUCGAGGACUACAAGAAGAGCCUCGAGGCUAUGCGGAAGAAUAGGGACUUUUGGAUGAACCGUUGCCGCCAGAUCAUGGCCCUGUAUUGGCCCGAGGACUAGAUGAAUGAAUGAACAGUUGCGGAUGCUCUACUUGUAUCUGCCCGCGUGAUAGAUGAAUGAAUGAACAGUUGAGGGUGCUCUAUCUGUAUCUGCCCGCGUGAUGG